CGCUCCCGGGGCUAACGCGGGAAAGCGCCGCUGUGUUGGUUCAGACGAGAGCCCGCCACGCUAAUCCUAAUAUCAGCGGAUAUUAACAUUAUCAGGGGCAACAAAUGAUCCGACCCCGCAGUCUGUAGCUGUUCGGCUCCGACCCGAGACAGUCCACCGUCGACCGGACCCCUGUGCUCAGGCUGCGGUGAACCCGGACCGCCUGAACGAGCCCCGAGGAGCCGUUAAUUAUUAUAUGUCGGUCCUCGCGCUGCUCGUUUACGUUGGUGUCUGUAGCCGCCGAGCAGUUGUUAGCUCACACACAAAGAGCUAAACACACAACAUACUCCUCUCCUCUUCCUCUUAAAACAAAUACCAAUGGAUUCGUUUCAGAAGGUGGAAAAGAUAGGAGAAGGGACGUAUGGAGUGGUGUACAAAGCCAAGAACAAAGCCACCGGAGAGACGGUUGCUCUCAAGAAGAUCAGGCUGGAGACGGAAACAGAGGGUGUACCAAGCACGGCCAUCCGAGAGAUUUCACUUCUCAAAGAACUAAGUCAUCCAAAUAUUGUCAAAUUGCGGGAUGUCAUCCACACCGAGAACAAGCUCUACCUUGUUUUUGAGUUCCUUCAUCAGGAUCUUAAAAAGUUCAUGGACUCGUCUUCAGUCGCUGGUAUCCCACUGCCUCUGGUUAAGAGCUAUCUUUUCCAACUGCUGCAAGGCCUGGCCUUCUGCCACUCUCACAGGGUUCUUCAUCGAGACCUGAAGCCCCAGAACCUCCUCAUCAACGCCCAGGGGGAGAUCAAGCUCGCUGACUUCGGCCUGGCGAGAGCUUUUGGGGUGCCUGUCCGCACAUAUACGCAUGAGGUGGUAACACUUUGGUACAGAGCACCAGAAAUUCUCCUGGGCUGUAAAUACUACUCCACAGCUGUCGACAUCUGGAGUUUGGGGUGCAUCUUUGCUGAAAUGAUCACCAGGAGGGCCUUAUUCCCCGGCGACUCAGAGAUCGAUCAGUUAUUCCGAAUCUUCCGCACCUUGGGCACCCCCGAUGAGACCGUCUGGCCUGGAGUCACGUCAAUGCCGGACUACAAACCAUCGUUCCCCAAGUGGGCCCGGCAGGAUCUGUCCAAAGUGGUGCCUCUUCUUGAUGACGAUGGAAGAGAACUGCUUGGAGAAAUGCUGAAUUACGAUCCAAACAAAAGGUUAUCUGCCAAAAACGCCCUUGUACAUCGAUUCUUCCGUGACGUCACCAUGCCAAUCCCUCAUCUGAGACUCUGAGUCAAGCCAAAAUAUCUUCCGGCCAUUUUAAUGCCAACAAUGUCUAAGCAAUAAGGACCUCCUCGCCUCGCUUUCAUGUCCACGACUGGAAUGGACAGAAAAAGUGGACACUACAGGAUACGUUGGAUCCUUUAAUGAAUAUUUGUUAAUACCUAAAACCAGCUUUCUUGACGGCAGAUGUCCUGAGAGUUUUUUUUUUUUUUUUCAGCCAUUAUGUUAUAAUAGUUAUGGAUGUUUAACUGUAAUCUUCAAAAUCAUUAUUUUGCAUAUUUAUGUUUAAAUGCCAUUUUUGAUGUAAAUGUUAUUUGUGAUUAGGAUGUUCCUCCGACUGAGAUAGACACAUUCUAGUUUUCUGCCAUUAAAUGUCCCAAUGUAAACGGUCAGUUGGCUUUAGGAAGUCCAAAUUCAAAUAGUCAAGUAGUUAGAAUUAAAUAUGAUCGAAUAAGUUUCUGGGAUAGUGCAAAUAACAAAUGUGAUGCUUUGUAAGCUGAAUGGAAGACGUAGUGGCGGCUCUCGCUACGCGUCACACAGCAGACAUCGUCAGCUGAUGUAAAACAGUUGGUUGAGGCUGAUUUUCUUGCAGUUAAAUUCAUAAAUUGGAUCUAAAGUAUCUUGAAGUGAUUUUAAAACGGCACCUUUUGGUUGUUUAACACAGAAAUUGGUCAUUGGGGUUUGCUGGCGGGAUUGUACAGUUAUACAAAUGUUCCCUGUUGUAAUUCAGAUUUUACAGAAUUGUGCUGUUGCAUCUUUCUUACUCUAGAUUUUAUUCAAACUUAACCGUUUUUAUGGAUAUUGUUUAUUUACAGUUUGAAAAAAAAUAAACUUGUUUAAAUAACUGUUA